CAGACCGCCUCAGCAACGACGCCGUACUAUUCCCUUUCCUCCCUCCCCUCCUGCCGACGGUUCCGUGAGCACGAGGGUCCAGCUCGCCGUCCAUCCCAGCCAGUCUGGGAACAUCUGGCGGCAGCUGAACCCUCGCGCGCACCGAGCCAUCGUCCCAGCGCAACAUCACAAGCUUCACUUAACUGACGUAUGCACAACCAGUUCUUCACGGCGCUCACCACUCUCCUAACGACCGCCACAACCGCGCAGAAGUCGAGUAUAUUCCUGACGCAGAAAUCCCUAACCCUCCCCACCGCCGAUGGAGCACCGGGCACACUCUUGAUCCGCGCCUCAGACGGCGCGGGGAAGGGGCAGAAGGGGGUGAAGAUCUCGACGGAGGUGGGGGCAGAGGAGCUGGACGCGUUCUUUGUGCGGUACGCGGACGUGUGCAAGGCUGGCAUGGGCGCGCUGAAGAAGCGGGACAGGAAGAAGAGGAGGAAGGUUAAGAAGGGGGAUAAGGUCGAGAAGGUCGUUGCCGCGUGAGAUGGAGUAGGAGGAGGAGGGAGGGCAGUGGCAAUGACAAUGGCUAUGGGUGCAGAAUAAGGUGCAGAAUACUCAUGGCCCAUGGACUAUGAAGGAUUACUGUCGUCGCUACGAUAGAGGAUGGAGGAAUAACACGGGCUUAUGAGCUACGCAGCUGACAGUAUCACGCCGUCCCCCGCCCCUCGCCU